GGAAAAGAUCAUGACAUUUGUGAAGAAUGAACUGCAAAGAUUUAAAAGGAUUCUUAGUCCAGAUUACCAAGAAGACUUAAAGAGAAAAGAUGAGGAUGAGACUGAUGCCAGAGAAGGAGCUCUCAAGAUGGCACUACACUUCCUAUGGGAGAUGGAGAGAACAGAUCUUGCUGAUAAGCUGAAAGACCGUAAGAAUUCUUCACUAUAUGAGCUGGAUGUUCUUUGUCGGGCUGAACUGAAAAGACAUCUCAAGAACAAGUACCAGAAUGUGUUUGAAGGAAUACCCAUGCAAGGAAGCUCUGCCCUGCUAGAAAAGAUCUACACAGAGGUGUGCAUCAUAGAGGGAGGAAGUGGGAAAGUAAAUGAGGAACAUGAAGUCAGGAGGAUUGAGUCCAUAUCAAAAAGUCAAGCUGGACAGAAGAAACCAAUCCGAUGCAAUGACCUCUUUAAGCCCUUACCUGGUCAGGACAAAGCAGGCAGAAGAGUUAUGACAAAGGGAAUAGCUGGCAUCGGUAAAACCAUCUCCAUUCAGAAGUACAUCCUGGACUGGGCUGAGGGAAAAGACAACGAAGACAUCCAUUUUAUAUUCCCAUUGCCUUUUCGGGAGCUCAACCUGAUAAGAGACACACAGCUUUCUUUGAUGGGUCUCCUUCACCACUUCUUUCCAGAGCUGAAGCAUUUAACCUUUGACAUUCAAGAGAAGUUUAAAUUAUUGUUCAUCUUUGACGGUCUGGAUGAAUGUCGACUCCAACUAAACUUUCAGGAGAAUGAAAGUUACACUGAUGUGACGGAUGUCACUUCAUUGGAUGUACUCCUGACAAAUCUCAUAAAGGGAAAUCUGCUUCCCUCUGCUCUACUUUGGAUAACCUCCCGACCAGCAGCGGCCAGUCAGAUUCCACCUGAUUGUGUUGACCUUGUCACAGAGAUCCAGGGAUUCAAUGACACACAGAAGGAGGAGUACUUCAGGAACAGGUUCAAUGAUGAGAGCUUUGCAAGCAGAAUAAUGUCCCACAUUAAAUCAUCAAGAAGUCUCCACAUCAUGUGCCACAUACCAGUGUUUUGCUGGAUAACUGCUUACGUUCUUGAGGUGAUUUUUGGCUCUUCAGGAGGACGGCAGCUUCCAAAAACGUUGACAGAGAUGUACACAUACUUCCUGAUUUUCCAAAUAAAACAGGCCAGUCAAAAGUUUGAUAAUGUGCAUGAACCUGAGCCACAAUGGAACAAGAAUCUUAUCCUUGCUCUUGGAAAGCUAGCCUACGAACAGUUGGAGAAGGGAAAUCUGAUCUUCUAUGAAGAGGACCUGGAACAAUGUGGAAUUGAUAUCAAAGAAGCAGCAGUGCACUCUGGUGUCUGCACCCAGAUCUUCCGACAGGAAUCUGGAAUUUUUCAAGCAACAGUGUUCUGCUUUAUCCACCUGAGUAUCCAGGAGUAUCUUGCAGCUCUGUAUGUGUUUCUGAUGAUGGCAACUGAAAGGAAAAAUGUGAUCUCCACUCACAAACUCGAACAAUCCAUGACUAUUUUACACAAGAGUGCUGUGGACAAAGCUUUGGAGUAUGAAGAUGGACGGUUUGACCUCUUCCUCCGUUUCCUUCUUGGUCUCUCUCUGGAGUCCAACCAGACUCUCCUGCAUGGCCUUCUGCAGAGUGGAGAGAGACAUAUUGGCAAUGCUGAAACAAUCAGUUACAUUAAGGACAAGAUCAGGGACAUCCCUUCAUCAGAGAGAGUGAUCAAUCUCUUCCACUGCCUGAAUGAACUGAAUGACCACUCUUUAGUGGAGGAGAUCCAGAGCUUCCUGAGUGGAGGGACACUUUCUGAAGCCCAGCUCUCACCUGGCCAGUGGGCAACUCUAGUGUUUGUGCUGCUGACGUCAGACCAGAAGCUGGAUGUGUUUGACCUGAAGAAGUACAUCAGGUCUGAUGAAGGUCUUCGGAGGCUGAAGCCAGUAGUGAGGGAAUCCGAAGCAAUUCUGCUUGAUAGCUGUGGGCUCAGUGAAAUGAGCUGUGAAACGAUGGCAUCUGUCCUCUGCAAAGCAUCAAAAGUGAAGAAACUGGAUCUCAGCCACAACAGUAUUGGAGAUAUUGGAAUCGAAAAACUUUGUAGUGGGCUGAAGAACUCAAACUGUGCAUUGAAGUCACUCCAGCUGGAGAACUGUGGUUUAACAGGCAAAGGAUAUGCUGCUCUCGCCUCAGCUCUCAAAUCAAACCCUUCACACCUGGAGGAACUGGACCUGAGAGGAAACGACCCUGGAGACUCUGGAGUAAAGCUGCUUUCAGAAUUACUGCAGGAUCCAGCCUGUAAACUUCAGAAACUGAGAACACAGCCUGGGGGCGUUGAGUGGAUAAGGCCAGAGUUCCUGCCCUAUUCCUGUCACUUCACUCUGGAUCCAAACACAGCAAACGAAUACCUCCAUCUGUCUGAGGGGAACAGGAGGGUGGAGAACAGACGUGUGGCCCAGUCAUAUCCUGAUCAUCCAGACAGAUUUGAUGGGUGGUGUCAGGUGCUGUGUAGAGAGGGUGUGUCUGCACGCUGCUCCUGGGAGGUUGAGUGGAGUGGAGAUGUUGGUAUAGCAGUGUCAUAUAAAGGCAUCAGCAAGAAAGGAGAUGGUUAUGAGUGUUUGUUUGGACGUAAUAAUCAGUCCUGGAGGCUGGGCCUUGACUGCUCCAGCUCCUAUUUCUGGCACAAUAAUGAAAAGACUGAACUCCCUCUAGUGACCAGCUCCAGAAUAGGAGUGUGUGUGGAUCACAGGGCAGGAACUCUGGCCUUCUACAGCAUCUCUGGAGACACAAUGACCCUCCUGCACAGAGUCCACACCACAUUCACACAGGAACUGUACCCUGGGUUUUUGGUAUGGAGUGAAUCAUCAGUGAAGCUGUUGUGAGGCCCAUAUAGAUAAAUGCUGCUCCUGUCGGUCCUUUAGCACGGGUCCGCACACACACACACACACACACACUAGCCUGGCUUUGCCAUACGUAAACUUCCAUUCGAUUCCCAUCUCCCUCCAUGUUGUAUCCGAGUCGGG